CCAGUAACAUUUUUUCAAUGCAAGCCUUGGCCUGCAUAAAUUAUGUUCAUGACGUAGUGCAAAAUGCCAAAAUUGUAUUAAUUUUGCGGGACUUUUUUGCAGAUAUCGACUCUAUGCUUUGCCUUCAGGUGUUUAGACUUCACCUGAACAAUAUUGACGAAGAUCGUGAUUAAAUAUUAAGGAAAGGAGGUUCUUCGCGCUGCGACCCUUCUUAUCAAUGCAAAUACCUCUUUUGUGUGCAGCCAUAGCGCCUGUCUGGAAGCUGUGAGAUGAAUUUUUAAUUAUGUGUGUCUACAUCAAACUGUGCCAAAGCUGUCCGAAAGAGGAGAAUCUACGAUAUUAACCGACAUUCUAAAGUUCCUCACAGGUGCUGAGAGCUUGGUCGUUGUCCAGAAUGCUGAGCCAGUGAGAAUCCACGGGGUGACCCAGUUCUGAAGCAUGGACUCAGAGGAGCUCUCGGCGAACAACGCACCCCUCACCGUUAACGAACAGCCAUUAGGUUCCUGCACUGUGAAAUUCUCUGCUCAUGAUGACCAGGUCAUUGUGAUGUCUGGCCAUGAGACGAUCCGCGUCCUCGAGGUGGAGGUCGACUCUUCCCUGACGUCCUCGGGCUCGGAAGGGAAGGCGGCGACCGAUGGCGAGGAGGUGGGGAAACUGACCUCGGAGGGAGGGGCUCCGAGCGCUCCUACCGGAGCCAAUAGAAUAAAGACAGGAGGUGAGCUGGAGGUGUCUGCUGAUGCUUCAGCCCCUGCUCCUCAGACUCUGAUUAGCUCUGAAGCGGUCAGUGUGUCCGUUCAUCAGCCACAGACCACUGUGCCCAUCACCGUCCAGGCCUGUCCACAGGUGCUGACCCAGGACGGCUUGGCCACCCUGAUGACAGGCAUGAUGGCGCAGCCGGGCUCCCUGGGCCAACCUCUGCUCAUCCCCAUCAGCAUGGCCGGCUCAGUGACGGGACAGGGCGGCCUGGCCGUGCUCACCUUCCCCACGGCCACCGUGGCCACCCUGCCCGGCCUCGCCGCCAGCUCGGCCGGGGGCCUCCUGAAACUGCCAUUCACUGGCCUGCAGGCCGCCACUAUGCUGAACUCAGUCCAGCCACAGCUGCAGAUGCCCACGCAGACGCUCUUCGCUCCCCAGGCCUUGCAGUCGGUGCAGGCUGCCAUGCAGACGUCCACACAGAGCACGCUGCCCACCACGGCGCAGGUUGCCACAGCAACGACAACGGUGGCCACUCCCAGAACCUCGGAGCCCAGCGCAUCCGUGGCGACACUCCAGACAGCUGGGUUCUCCAUAAAUCCCGCCAUCAUCAGUGCAGCAUCCUUGGGUGCCCAGCCACAAUUUAUCAGCUCCCUGACCACAACUCCUAUUUUCACCAGUGCCAUGUCCAAUAUGGCUGGCCUCACCAGCCAGAUCAUCACCAACGCCCAGGGACAGGUGAUUGGCACCUUACCUUUCCUGGUGAAUCCUGCCUCCCUAGCGGGCGGUGCUGCCACACAAACCUUGCCCACUCAGGGCCUGCAGGUCCAGACGGUGUCCCCCCAGCUGGUGCUCAAUGCACAGGGCCAGAUCAUCGCCACCAUCGGGAACGGCCCCGCCCAGGUGCCCACCACUGCCGCUGUCUUGUCCAAGCCCUCGGCCGCACUGACUUUCACCAAGCCAGCCUCACAGGGUCCUGUGGUGACCAUGGCACAGUCCCCCGUUGCUAUUGCCCCCCUGGUCAUCGAUCCCCAGCCCUCCGUGGUGAAGCCAGUGCCCCCCUCUCUGGCAUCUGCAGUGCCCUUGGCCAGCGGAGAGGCGCCCACAGUGGGACAGCUCGUCAGCAAGCCGCCUCAGGGGGGCACAGACGAGGAGUGCAUAAACCUGGAGGAGAUCCGUGAGUUCGCCAAGAACUUCAAGAUCCGCCGGCUCUCGCUAGGUCUCACGCAAACGCAGGUGGGCCAAGCGCUGACCGCCACUGAGGGCCCCGCCUACAGUCAGUCCGCCAUCUGCAGGUUCGAGAAGCUGGACAUCACCCCCAAGAGUGCCCAGAAGUUGAAACCAGUCUUGGAGCGCUGGCUAGCCGAGGCCGAACUCUGGAACCAGAAGGGUCAGCAGAACCUGAUGGAGUUUGUGGGCGGGGAGCCGUCCAAGAAGCGCAAGCGCCGGACCAGCUUCACGCCGCAGGCCAUCGAGGUGCUCAACUCCUACUUCGAGAAGAACGCCCUGCCCACCGGCCAGGAGAUAACGCAGAUCGCCAAGGAGCUCAAACUAGACCGUGAGGUGGUGCGCGUGUGGUUCUGCAACCGCCGGCAGACACUGAAGAACACCAGCAAGAUUAAUGUCUUUCAGGUGCAACAGCAGCAACAACAGCAGCAACAGCAGCAGCAUCAGCAGAAGCACUGAGAACACGGAACCGUUCAUGGCUGGCUGUUCAGCAGUGCAAUAGGACGGACAUAAGGGAGGUUGGCGUUCCAGGACUAGGGGUUGUGGAGUUUUUUUGGGGUGAGAGGAACUAGAGGAGAGCAACAUGAAGGAAUAAGGAAACAUUUUUAAUACUGCAACGUGAAGGCACUUUUUUGGGAGAAAGAUGAAGGCAGUCAAAGAGACGCACAGAGAAACAAAGGCAGUGGAACACAAGGAUGAAGCUUGUGUGACAUGAUGCUAAAUGUGAACAAUUCAGUGCUUACCUGUUUCUUCACCUUUUUAUACUGAGGAACGGUAGCAAGUCUGCACCACCACAUUCUUUUUGGGGUUUUUAAAAUGUAUUGAAAUAUACCCUCAUGUGUCAUUAAGAGACAUACAGUUGAUUUCAUAUUGGAAGCUCAAUUUCAUAAACUUUACAUUGUGAGUAACACUUUAUUAGGCCUCAGUUAGAGGUCCGUCAUCAUCCACUGAGGAGACCUUGGGCCCCACCCCCUCCCCUCCAUCUUGUUGUUACAAUUUGCCCUAGUUAAGAGGGUCACAGUCAUAUUCCUGUGUAAACUAUGGUCCUGGGAGACUCCAGGUCUGUGCGCGACUUUGGAGCAGUUAAUUUUUCUUUUCUGUCAGACGCACAGAGGUACGUAUCAUCAGCUUUCUCCUCAACUUUUUAUGAGUUAGUGUGUGUGGAGAUGGUCAGUGUGUGUGAGUGUGUUUUGUCACAUUUGACAAUCAUAUAUCGUUUUUCAAGUCAGAGAAAUGCAUGCCCGUUGUUUCCCAUUGUGAAACUUUCUGUUUGCCAAGAAAUUCUGAAUGUGUGUUUUACCACAAACCCAGUAAUACAUGCCUGUUGCUCUAUAUAGAGACCCACAGUCAUGACCAUAACAUUAUUGUAAACUGUUACUGUUAGUGGAUAUAUUUAGUGUGCUUUUUAUUCUGCCUAAGUUAGGCAGGAAUAAGAGAUUUUUCUGGAAUACAUAAGCUCCUAAUCACAAACCAAUGUUCUCUAAUGCAGCAUUGAAUUCUAAAAUGAUAUUAUAUUGUGAAAAGAAUGACUGAUAUGAAUUAUGUCCUCAUUAAUAUUUUGCUUUCAUUAAUAAUAACAUUUCAAUAUAAUUGAAUAUAUUUCUAUUGUUAUUACCAUUAAAUAAUAACUUUUAA